CACCUGUAGUCUUGCCUUGAUUCUUUCAUGCAUCUUUGAGAAAUCCUUUAGUCUCCAUGGCAACCAUUCAGCUGCGCAACAGGCCUGGGUGGAUCCAGCACCGCUGUUCGAGGCGCAGCUCCUCCUCUGAGCUGCAGCUUCCAAGCUUCCUCCUCACAGAGCAGCGACUCCUCCACUCAGCUCCUUCAGACUAGCAGCAGCAAUUAGCAAACACCUGUUGGAGCUGCAUAUCUUCUGAGCUCAUUAUACGAGAUACUUCUUAGUGCAACUCUGGUAGAAACAUUACUAAAGGGUUAACAGAGGAGCCAUGUCAUAAAGAGUAGGAGUUCUUAAAGAAACAGAAGCAAAAUUUUAAUUACAAGUUAAAAUGGAUUUUAUGUCAUAUUUGAUGUCUAUAGUAUUUUUCAUAUAAACUGAAAUUAACAUAUUGACUUGAUUGUGCUAUAAAAUGGCACCAUGUGCCUGGAAAACACACUGAUGCUGUCCCUUAAAGAUGAUCCCAUUUAUAACUUUUUUUAAUAAGGAAAUCAGUCAAGAGCUGGAGUGAUGCUUCACUAGUUCUUGUGAAAUUAAUUGGCACAUUUUGCUGCAUCAUUUCUUUGCUUCCAACAUUUAUUUUAUUUUAUUUUUUUGGCUGAUCAUGUUUCCUUACCCCACAUUGACCAGAUUUAAUCAGACUCAUGGAGCACAUGACGUCCAUGCUCCUGAAGCUGAAAUCUCAUCAGGCUCUGCAUGCUCCUCACGUCUCAUUUUAAUGACUGCUGCAGGUUGUGCACAGCGUCUUUGUCCUGACCUUCUGCACAGCUAUGGCAGGAGGGAAAAAAAGUCUUAGAUUUUAAACGAUAAAAUCAAACAAUUUAAUUACAAAUUCAAAAGGAUGUAAUAAUCCUUGGUGAUUAAUUUUAAAGAGCUGGACAUAAAUUUAAGGUUUUGCCUAAGGGAAACAGCUUGUACUUGAUUUUUGUGGUCGUUUUAGUUCAUGUGAUGAAAACUCACUGCCACCCAUAAAAAUGCUCUGAUAUCUUGUGACUAUCAGUUGAUGGUGCUGCAUCUAAGCAGAUUUUCUCAUGCACAAGUGGAAAAUUUUUUUCUUACCCUGCUCCUUUCUACAACACUCUAGUCUGAUAAAUGUCAUUUCACCCUGCAAGUGAUGUGACUGAGACAUUAGAGAGGAGCGGAGGAGAGAGGAGCCCCGGCCCCUCCCCUGCUGUUCACGCCCCUCGGAUCGGAUAGCAGCCGGCUGCAUUUCUCCCCCAGGAGGUCUGGUGUGCUCGGUAAACCCCGCUCUUCUCCGUGGUGCCGGACUGACGGAUGAGACUGCUGAUCCCCGCUGCUCACUGCUGGAGAGGAAGAGGAUGAGCCCGUCCUGUAGCACAGACUCCUGAUCACACCGGCUGAAGCCUCCAGAAUCCGAUCUGGACCCUGGGACGCCGCAAUCAGGAUCUUGCAGAAAGAAUCUCAACAUGAUGUCAAAAAGAUGCUUCAUCCUAUUUCUGCUUCCAGCUUUAGUGCUUCCUGUGGUUAGAGCUAAUAGGCUGCUAAAAAGGAAGCCUCAGGACCACCGCAAGCUUUGUGUGUGUGCUAGUGACAUCAUCAGCUGCUCUAAUGUGAGUCUAACCAACGCCACCUUCGAUCUUCCUCGGCACACUGUAGUCCUGGACCUCAGCUUCAACUCCAUCACUCAACUCCGUGCUACAUGGACGUCGACUGAUCUCAGCCAGCUGCAGACGUUGCUGCUGAACAACAACAACCUCACCUUCCUCUCCUCCGAGGCCUUCGUGCACACGACAAGGCUACGCUACCUGGACCUCUCCAGCAAUCGCCUGACCCUCCUGGACGAGAUCAUCUUUGAGCCGCUGGAAGAACUGGAGAUACUUCUGCUGUUCAACAACUGCAUAUCUCAAAUCGACCGCUUUGCCUUCCACACCAUGGUCGCUCUGCAGAAGCUCUACUUGAGCCACAAUCAGAUCUCACGCUUCCCUGUGGAGGUGCUGAAGGAGCGGAGCAAGGAGUACUCUCCUUUCAAGCUGCUGGAUGUUUCCUCUAACAGGAUUAAAGUUCUUCCGGUGAAGGAGCUUCGGGCCAUGCGCGCCUGGCUCAAGAACGGCGUCUACUUCCACAACAACACUCUGACCUGCAGCUGCGAGCUGCAUGACCUGGUGGCCUACUGGCACCUCCGGAAGCUAAGCUCUGUGUCUGACUUUGCAGACAGCCACACAUGUAACAUGACAGGUAAACAGAGUGAAAAAAUCCUGAAGCUGAACUGCAGUGAAGUCAAGAUCCUGAAGAAAGAAGGCUACUUGGAGGAGAAAUUGGUUCUCGACUGCGACACCAGACAGAAGUACAUGGCGAAGAGAUGGGUGCUGCCUGGAAACAUAUCAGCGAACAGCACCGCCGUCUUGAACGGUAACUUCCUCAACAUCGGGCCGCUGAAGGUGGAAGACUCCGGGGUUUACACCUGCUACGCCACCAACAAAUCCCUCAGCGACACACUCCACAUUACUGUGGUGGUGUUCAACUCCACCAAGAGGGGCGGGUUGGAAGAUCUGAAAACAGCAUACACCACACUGGGAGCGUGUGUGGUCAGUAUGGUUUUGAUCCUGGUCUACCUCUACGUCACACCCCGCUACUGCAGUUUCUGCUCAGGUGGGAACACGGAGAAGGACGACACCGGGGAAAGCCUCCACUCCUCCACGGUGAGCCUCCCUCUGGCGCACGGAGAGCGGGGAGCGGAGGCUGCAGGAUUCGCCUUCAGGCACGGGGACGUGCAGGAAAGUAAGAACGGGAGACUGAAUCCAAUAGGCGAGGACGACUAGCAGACACCGAGGGACAGAGAGGCCUGAGGCGGCAUCUGCCAGCUCCGAUGUUCCUGUGGUGGGAAAAACAAAAUCAAUGCACUACAGAAACACCAAAAAAGUAUUUCUGGUCCAGUUUAUUGAGAAAAUAUCUUAGAACACUUGAAACAAGACGAAACUAACGCAAAAGUAACUUUUCAGCAAGACAUAGGAGCCUGAUUUAAGUCAAUAGUUACUUGAUGUUGAUAAAAAAAGUAUUAGUUAUAAGUGAAAUUACCUGCCAGUGGAAGGAAACAUUUUCUCCACAUUUAAAAUGGGGAAAUGUCUUGUUCCACUGUCUUGUACAACUGCGGUUAACAAUUAUUUUAGCAAUCAAUUAUAAUCGAUAAUCUUGACUUCGAUAGAUUAGAUUUUCUUUCAGCAUUUUUUGAAGGUGUUUUUGUCUGAGAAUUGGUUUAUUUCGCAAAAAUUGCAAUGAAAACACAUUUUUCCCAAGUCACGCGAGUCACGUGAUCAUAAUGAUAGAUUAAUUAAUCAAUUAAUCAGACUAAAAAACUAGCCCAUUCUGAUUUUCAUUUAAUACGUUUUAUACAAUAUUACACUUUAAAAUACAUAAUAAAUCCAAUAAAUAGAUUUAUUUUAAAUAAAUAGCUAAAACUAUCCCACCCGAGGAGUUGUAAGUAGAACUAAUACAGUUUUAUUAUAUUAUUAUUAUCUAAAAUGUAUAUAUUUUUGCAAAGUUUUAGCUUUAUUACUGCUCUGACUGAGUUAUUCUUUCAGCAAAAUGGCCCAUGUUGAAUCUGUAUGCUCCAGUUAAUGAUUAAUUACGUGAUUAAUUAGUUAAUAAUUACUAAAUUAGUUGACAAUUAUUUUAA